CCACCGGUUCUUUGAAUGAAAUACAAUAAUAAUUUAGUGUGGAACAACGUUAUCAAAUAAAAACAAAUUACUAAAUCUUUCUUUUUUAGUGCUUUUCUCGAUUCGUGGUUCAUUGGUACGAAAUAUAUUUGAAUGAUGAAUAAAUACUUUUUAUAUUUGUAAUUCUUGCUCUACUAUAACUGCACCACAGGUGAGCUCUACACACCUGAGUCCCAGCUAAAUGAUGCUAACGCUAACCGGGGCCAACAGGAGCUGUGAGUUGUCUCACCUGAAAGUGAAACUUAGUGAGGGAAUAAUACCAGCUCUGAUACAAACAACAACAACAACAUGCAUUCUCCUGUUGGAAUAUACACAAAGAGCUGAGUCCGGGCUCGUCGUGUGUGACGUGUGUUGCUAGUUAUUGUUAUGAGUCAUAAAUCAUUUUUUAUUAAUUAGUUUGCGUUCAGAGUGAAUCUUUGUGACUGAGGAAACAUCCGGCUCAACUUGACGAGGUGCGGCAGGAUUCUGAGAUAAACUCACCACGCCGGUCCCUCGAGCUGCGUCUGCACCUGUCAAUCAUUCAACAGCUGGUCACUCGGCCAAUCAGCUGCUUCCCGUCGAGUGAAUUCAACCAAUGGGAGGGCAGAGACUCCUCCUGAGCCUUUGAUGUGAGCAACGCAGCGGAACCGGCUCCUCAGAGCGAAGGUUCUCUGGGAGGAAGACCUGCAGACCGUCAGUAGAACCUGCAGACCGUCGGUAGAACCUGCAGAACAUCAGAAGAACCUGCAGACUGUCGGUAGAACCUGCAGCCCGUCAGUAGAGCCUGCAGACCAUCAGUAGAACCUGCAGACCGUCAGUAGAACCUGCAGACCGUCAGUAGAACCUGCAGACCGUCAGUAGAGCCUGCAGACCGUCAGUAGAACCUGCAGACCGUCAGUAGAACCUGCAGACCGUCAGUAGAGCCUGCAGACCGUCAGUAGAACCUGCAGACCGUCGGUAGAACCUGCAGAACAUCAGAAGAACCUGCAGACUGUCGGUAGAACCUGCAGCCUGUCAGUAGAGCCUGCAGACCGUCAGUAGAACCUGCAGACCGUCAGUAGAACCUGCAGACCGUCAGUAGAACCUGCAGACCGUCAGUAGAGCCUGCAGACCGUCAGUAGAACCUGCAGACCGUCAGUAGAACCUGCAGACCGUCAGUAGAGCCUGCAGACCGUCAGUAGAACCUGCAGACCGUCAGUAGAGCCUGCAGACCGUCGGUAGAACCUGCAGACCGUCGGUAGAACCUGCAGACCGUCGGUAGAACCUGCAGACCGUCAGUAGAACCUGCAGACCGUCGGUAGAACCUGAAGCAUAGACUUCUAUACAACCAGAGGAGUCGCCCCCUGGUGGCCAGUAGUUGUAAUACAGGAAUAACUAUAUGACUUUAAGUCCUUUAAUUGUUCAUUAAAAUCUAUUGUUUUCUUCCAUUUCUAUGAUGAAGUCAUAUUUGUUUCAUGUCUCUACUUCCCGUCUCACUCGGCUCCUCCUGGAGCCGGUAACGUUGUUUAUUCACCGUAAAGCCUUUAUGAGUUUCAUUAACCCUUUACAGUCUCCACCUGCUUCAAGCUCCGCCCCCAAAGCCUCUCACGGAGGACUUUGCUCUUCACGUGUGUGUGUGUGUGUGUGUCUCACGUUGACUAAUGUUAUUGUUGGUGAGAGCCUCUGAACCAUUUACUGCAUCACAGAGCUCUUGUCUGACAGGUUUUCACACACAGACACACAUAUUUUGACAACAGCUGGGCGUGGACAGCCUGGCCCCUUUUGAUCGUCCUCCAGAGCGUUUCCAGUCAGACGGCUGUGUGCGCCCCGGCGUGAGUCACGUCCUCCAGCUACAGGUGUGUGUGUGUCGCUCCGGUGGAACCUCACCAGAACACCCUCGGCAUGGCGGAGGACUGCACCGUUCCCGAGAGUCCAAAACUCGGGGAGAUGGCGGAGGAGGAUUUGUGGGAACUGAUAAACGACAACCGCCACCGGAUCUCGUUGGGCGUGCGGCCCGGCGUCCUGAUCCCGUACCUGAGGCAGGCCCGCGUCCUCACGGAGAUGGACGAGGACGAGAUCCUGUCCUGCCACAACCUCACCAACCGCAGCAUGAGAACCAGCUACAUGCUGGACCUCCUGCGGACGCAGGCGAGGAACGGCGCGGUGGCGCUGCUGGAGAGCCUGAUGAUCCACUACCCCGGGCUGUACACGCAGGUCACGGGCUGCCAGCCCAGCACCGAGCCGUCCCGGUUCAGCGGCCUCAUCAAGUACUCUGAGCUGACGGAGUACCUGGUCCGCGCCGUGACGGGGAUGCAGAAGGAGCUCCAGGAGGCGCGCUGCGAGGCCGGCAGGAAGGGCGCCCGCUGCGCGUCGCUGGAGCGCGAGGUCCGGGACGUGGCAGCGCUCGCCGACGAGGCCGACCGCCUCCGCGCCGAGAACCAGCGGCUGCGGCGCCACGGCUGCUCGCUGCAGCACGACGUCACCGAGCUCAAGGACGAGAAGUGCGACCUGUACGUGCGCUACGCGGCGGCCAUCGAGGAGAAGUCGGCCGCCAGCGCGCGACUGCACGACCUCAACCUGCAGAUCUACCAGCUGCAGACCGAGCUGCAGAAGAAGAUCACGGAGAACGAGUUCCAGCAGCGCCGCUCGCUGCGCCGCGCCGACGCCGCCGAGACGCCGCAGCUGCAGGAGGAAGUCUGGAGCCUCCGCUGCCGGCUGGUGAAGGCGGAGAAACUGGACCCGGCCCGGCAGGACAUCCUGGUGCAGGACCUCGCCGAGGCCAUCGACAGCCAGGUGGAGCUCGCCGUGCAGCUCAGGUGUUACAGGGAGGAGAACGAGCAGCUGCUGAGGGACAAGCACGCGCUCGUGGACCAGAAGGAGGCUCUGGGCCUGCAGGUCCAGCAGUUGACCCUGGACUGCAACAUGCACCAGCAGAAGAACACCGUGAUCCAGAACCAGAGGAAGGAGCUGCAGGCGGAGAGAGACCAAGCGUACCUGUCCAGAGACGAGGCCCAGACCAUGAUCGCCCGCAUCCUGGCCGAGAAAGACACCCUGAGGUGCCAGCUGGUGGAGCUGCAGGAGCACGUCUUCAGCGCCCAGGCCCGACGCGGAUCCAGAGAACUACGGCGGCCCAGUUGUGACGGGAAGGAGUCGGAGGUGGACUGGGAGAGCCUGACGUCCUCCUUUGAGGAACCCCCAAAGAUCAGAGCCCCCAACAAACGGAGGCUGUGCCGCAUGGAGGCCGUCAACCCCAUGUCAGAUUCCUUCAACUUAGAGCGAGGCGCCUUCAGGUCCCAGGAGGAGAUGACCUUCAUCACGAGGCGUCACACAUCUCUGAUGGUUCCUCCUCAAGUCCAUGUUUACAUGGGGAAUAACAGACGGAGGAAUCUGAAGGUGGUGUUCAUGUCUGUUUGUCUUUUGUUCUUCUCUUGCAGCUUCGAAUCAAUGGAGAAUGAAUUCCUGUUGGACGACUACGUGUUCAUCCCCUGUGUGGAGGGUGAAGACGAGCACAAGCCCAGACUGUCCUCUUCCAAUGAGUCCAGCGUCGAUGGCGCGUCCAGAACCUCGCCGCCCUCCUUCCUGAUGCGCUCUCGCCAGAAGGCGAUCCGUGUGAACGGCCGCGUGCUGAGCCUCUCCCUCCAGGGGGAGGCGCUGCUCGCCCAGCUGGCCGUGGUGGGCGGCAACAAGAGCGGCGUGUUCGUGCACCGGGUCACCGAAGGCUCCGCCGCCCACGCCGUGGGCAUCAGCCCCGGGGCGCAGAUAGUGGAGGUGGCGUACGAGCAGAACCAGAAGGCUCUGAGGAUGGUGCUGGAGGACUCCACCCUGGAGGAAGCUAUGUGGGCUCUGGGCCAGGUCACGGGCCUCUGUCAACUCUCCCUCCGGCCCAGGCAAGAUGACUACGAGGCUCUGCUGCAGCAGCUGCAGAGCGGGCAGAGCUCCUCCGGAGACUCCUUCUACGUCCGGGUCAACUUGACGCUGCCCGCCGGCCCCGCCUGGACGCUCGCCGUGAGCUGCAACGACAUCCUCCACGUCACCAACACGUGGCCCGCCGGCACCGAGGGCGCCUGGCACGCCAGCCAGGUGCACCCCGGUCAGCUGCUGGACCUGCAGAGCGGCAGCGUGCCCAACUACUACAGGGCCCAGAGACUUCUCAUCCGGGCCAUCGAAGACAUGAGCUUCCAAACCAAGAAGUCUCAGAAGGUCUGGCGGAUGGUGUCCCCCAACAAGCAGAAGGCCGUGAGGAUCGUCGGCACCCGGCACCAAGGCAGGAACCCGCUGUGGGUCAGCGUGGAGAAGGAGAACUCCCAGAGCACCGAGUCAGGAGGCGCGUCGGCCCCCAGGAGCUGCCUGACCCUGAUGCCCUACAGCCUGGUGACCCCUCACUUCCCCCGGGUGUGCCGGCCCGUCCUGCUGCUGCCCACCAUCCUGGGACACAUCCUCAGCAAGAAGAUGGCCGACUGGCAGGGCUUCCAGCUCUGUGAGCCCGAGGUGCUGACCCCCGGUGAGCAUGCCGCCCGGCAGCAGCGCUCAGAGAUCCUGGAGGAGGUGCAGCAGGAGAGCAGCUGCUGCUGCUACUCGCUGCAGAGCGUGGAGAAGGUCAUGAAGAAGGGGAUCCACUGUGUGCUGCCGCUCGGGCUGGACUGCGUGCGCCGGCUGCACCGAGCCGACAUCUUCCCCAUCAUCAUCUUCAUCGGCCAAUCAGCUCGCAGCGCACGGAAACUGAAGUCCAAGCUCCAGCGCCACAGCCAGUCGGAGGAGCAGCUCCUGGCGUGCUCGAGGAGCGAGGAGGCGCUGCUGGACAAGCUGCCGUGCCUCCACCGCGGCGUGGCGGCCGACUCGUGGAGCGACCACAGCUCGCUGCUCGCCAGCCUGCGCAGCAUCAUCUGGGAGGAGCAGAAGAAGAUCGUGUGGGUGGAGCCCGACCUGUGGUAGAGACAACAACAACAACAACAACAACAGGAAGGGCUCUUUCAUAACGGGAUGUAGCUUUAUGAUGAAGUUGUAAACACGAGUAUGUAUCUGUGAUACUUCUACCGGGGAUAAUUAUAUAGUUUUAACUUUAUUGUUGUUUACAUGUAAACAUGUAAACACCGAACAGACUAACGACACGUCUUCUACAUAUUUAUACAUCAUUUCCCACGAUGAAGGAUCAGAAUACUUUUAUUUGUCUGAGGAGGAAAUCAUUUGGUCAAUAAACUGUUGUUGCGCCAUAGUUAGCAGCAUUAUUGGGUAUUAUUAUAUUAUUAUAUUGAUUAUCUGCUCCGUGAUUAUUGAUCUCUGAGGUCACUGACUUCUUUGAUGUUUUGCUGGUUUAAAAAAAUAAAUAUUAGUCGUCUCUUUGUA